CCGCAAAAGACACCUGUUGCUCACUCGCGCUUUUAAUUCUGGGACUCUUGAUUAUAUUGACAAUUGGGACAUGACUCAUUAUGAUUUUUUUUAUGGACUAUUAUUGUCAGGACGGGACAGCUCAGGAUUUGAUUCUUCACAUGGAAAAUAUUAAUCAUAUUUAUCCAGGCUACAGCAAUACUUGAAUAUACAAUUAAAAUUGGAUAAUGUUGAGAUAAUUGUCUGAUGAAAUUAACUAUCUAAUCAUCGGAUAUACUGGUUACUACUGUAUCCCAUCUCAAGUGGACUGGGGACUCAUUUUUGGAUACAUUUUGGAUCGCAAAUGUGACUGACCAUUCAUCAACUGACAUCAAUAACAGCCAAUUAGCCAGCAACCAAAAGUAGAUGAGAUGGAGCACUCAGGUGGUUUGUACAGCUCUGUGUAUGAGCCAAAUGGGCAUGCCGCCUGGGCAGACGACCAACAGCAUCAGGACAAGGAGACAGCGGACAACCUCAGGAGGAAGAUCAAGUACUUCUUCAUGAACCCCUGUGAGAAAUACAAAGCCCGCGGACGGAAACCAUGGAAACUGAUGCUCCAGAUCAUCAAGAUCGCCAUCAUUACCAUCCAGUUGGUGUCUUUUGGACUGAGCAAUCAGAUGGUGGUAACCUUCAAAGAGGAGAACCUCAUGACAUUCAAGCAUCUCUUCCUCAAAGAUUACGUGGAUGGCCGUGGGGACUCUUAUGCUGUGUACAGGCAGGAUGAGGUGUAUGAACACAUCUCUUACAUAGUCCAUAAGUAUUCCCGUCUGCGAAAUAUCACCGUUGGUAACCAUGCCUAUGAGAAGAAGGGGGACACCUAUUCCCCUCUGUCUCUGUGCCAAGAGUUCUACAGGAAUGGAAGCAUUUCACCAGCCAAUGAGACCUUUGAUAUAGACGCACAGAUUGAAACUGAAUGCCUUGAGAUUGUUCCAGUAUUCCCCAUGGGAAGCACAACCGAGGAUGAUCUGUUGAAUUUCGUUGUGCAUUUCAAAAGAUUGUUAAAUGUGAAGAUCAAGUUCACUCUGAAGGCCAUAAACCUACAAACAGUUAGAAACAGAGAGCUGCCAAACUGCUAUGACUUUGAUGUCACGAUCACCUUCAACAACCAAGCCCACAGUGGCAGAAUAAAGGUCGACCUGGACAAUGACGUUGACAUAAAUGAAUGUAGAGACUGGAAAGUAACCGGGGCCUCUCCCAAGAACAUCUAUUACUCACUGCUGUUUGACUGUCUCAUCAUUGUAACCUGCAUCACCUCUCUGGCCCUCUGCACACGCUCUGUGCUCAACGGGAUACGGCUACAGUUUGAGUACACAGACUUCUGCCUAGUCCGUCAGGGGAAGAAGGUUCCAUGGUCCGAUAGGCUGGAGUUUCUGAACGGCUGGUAUAUCCUCAUCAUCGCCAGUGAUACACUCACCAUCAUCGGUUCCAUUCUUAAAAUAGAAAUCCAGACAAAGAUUCUCACCAGUUAUGAUGUCUGCAGCAUCUUUCUCGGAACAGGCACAAUGCUUGUUUGGAUCGGAGUCAUACGCUACAUGGGAUACUUCAAGAAGUACAAUAUUCUCAUCCUGACCCUGAGAGCAGCUUUCCCAAAUGUGGUUCGGUUCAUCGGUUGUGCCGGAAUCAUUUACCUGGGGUACUGUUUCUGUGGCUGGAUCGUGCUCGGGCCCUACCAUGAGAAGUUCCGGACCCUGAACACAGUAUCAGAGUGCCUGUUCUCGCUGAUCAACGGAGAUGACAUGUAUCCCACCUUCAAGUACAUGAAGCAGAAGAGUUACCUGGUGUGGCUGUUCAGCAGAGUCUACCUCUACACCUUCGUCUCGCUCUUCAUCUACAUGAUUCUCAGCCUCUUCAUCACCCUUAUCACUGAUACCUAUGACACCAUCAAGCAACAGCAGCAGGAAGGGAGCCCAGUGUCGGAGCUGCAUUGUUUCAUGUCUGAGUGUAAAGAUCUGCCCACCUCAGGACGCUACCGGGUAGAGGGGGAGUCUGGCUCCUUCACCUGCUGCUUCCCCAGAUGCAAGGACUCACGAGAAAGGCUGAGCUCUGAAUCAAUAGACUCUGAGCCAUAGUGGACCUUUUAUCGGUCUGAGGUUAGUAAGAAACCUUACACACAACCAUGACCAGCACUUUACUGUACAGUUUAGCCCAGCAAAACAUUGUCCUGUACUUCUAGACCUGUUUUAAUCUUAUUCACCAGUUAACUUGAUGCAGUAGCAAUUGAGCCUGGGGUUGAGGUUAGACCUGCUAUGAAUUGUCACUGUGUAAGAUGCCUGUUAAUGUACUAAAGUUGAUGACCACAAUGAUAUGUACUGAUGAAUGUUGAUUAUUUGAAUGUACUGUAAAUAUCAAAACAUGAUUUGUUCAAAGACAUGGGAUGGCAACAUUAAUAAAAUGAAUAGCACAAAAAAGUUGCUAUUCCCUAAAUGUA